AUGGAGAAUUUCAUUCCUCUGAUUUUUGAUUUGUUGACACUUUUAGCAGAUACAUACAAAAUCUACCUCAAAAAUGGGAGACUCAUGGGUUUCAUAGCAGCACUCGUCAUCUCCCUUCACACCGUGCUCUACCUGCUCAAUGUCUUCUCGGUUAAAUCAUUGAUCACCGAUUUGAUAGCCAAGCAAAGCCACCUUAUUCCUACAACUCCAGGUACUCCUGAAUUUACCAACCUUUUAAUUGGUACGCAGAAAGACAUCAAAAUCUAUGCUGGAGUUGAAUGGAUUUUCUUGCUUAUCAUCGCCGUUGCGUCCUUAUUCUUGGCAAUAUCAACGACCCAUGCAUCAGCUUUAAUCCAUGGUGGCAAAAAGAUAUCCAUCAAGGAUUUGGUAUUGAGGGCAGUCAGAUCAUUGAAAAGGCCUUUUGUUACUUGUUUCUACAUCACUCUCUUUGGUCUUGGUUACAUCUUUCUUUGCUUGGUCACUCUGCUUCCACUUGUUCUAAUUCUUGGAAGUGAAGUCACCUCAUCAGUUUUUGCUAUCCCGCUCUUCAUUUCAGCUAUGGUUUUCUACUCUUAUUUAUCCGUUGUUUGGAAUCUGUCCCUUGUUAUUUCCGUACUUGAAGAAACAUUCGGGAUCGAAGCACUUGGGAAGGCUGCACAGAUUGUCAAAGGCAUGAAGUUACAAGGGUUUAUAUUGAAUCUUCUGUUAACCAUAUUACCUCUACUACUGUCGCAGUGUUUAAGACUGAUCACGUUAAAGCAAUCGGAAGCAAUCCGAGUUGUUAUCACGUUGCUACUAUUGAAUUCAAUCUGGCUGGCGAGGAUGUUUGGCCAUACAGCAUACACUGUUUUGUAUUACCAAUGCAAGAAGACUCAUGGAGAAGAGGUUGAAUUGCAAGCAGAUAUGGAAUACACCAAAAUACCCACUGCCCCACUUAUUAAUGAAAACAUUCUAUGA